GGGGGUUCGGGGCUGAGCAGCGGUGAGGGGUGCUCCUCGCUGCACCACUGGACGGCAGCCCGGCUGGCAGUCACCUCCUCGGCGAAUCACCUGGAGCUGGCGGCAUGCAGCAAGGGCCGCGCCCCUGCCACCGGCUCCUCCGCCUCCUCGGGCGGUCGCCGCGAGGAGUUGCUGCGCUCCGCGGCCCAGCAGCACCUGGUAGCCGGGGACGUGGAGCACUGCUGCGAGCUGCUGGCGGAGCUGGGGGAGUGGGACCGAGCGCUGGCACUGGCGCCGGUGGUGGGGCUGGGGCUGUGGCAGCGGCUGCUGGCGAGGAG